GGGACGCGGCCAUAGAACUACUCCGAAAUAAAAAAACUGAGAGGCUCGCCGGAGGGUUCACGGGCUCCCUCCAGCUGAGGGGGCUCGGCCGCGGGGGCGUGAGGGGCGGCCGUGCCCGCCGGCGGGGCGGGGGCCUGCUGGCGCUAGCAGCCCCGGUCCGGCCUCAGGAGUCUUCGCGGGGCGCCGGGGCUCCCCCGCCAGCCCGGGGGUCGCCCGCGGGGGUCGCAGCGGGCGGAGCCGCCCGGAGGCCGGCGGAAGCCUGAGGGUUUCCGAGGGAGAGCUGGGCCCUUUGUGUGGAGCACGGCUGCGUGGGGCAGCGGGCGUGGCCGGGGGGUGGGCGUGCGUUUCGGCCCCCGGCGGCAGCACGGUGGCGGCUCGGCGGAGAGGGGACGCUGGUGGCCGGCCGGGCUGAGGCGGGGAAGGUCCGGGAGCUCCGCCGCGCCGUGCCCAUGGACUAGUCGAGACAGUGGAGGGACCCCCUGCGUACGGCGACCGCCGCCUCACUGUCCUCCCAACUCGGCGAAACUUAGCGAGCAGGCUGCUGCCCCGACGCUGUGCUAUAGAAGAUGCACUAUUACCGAUAUUCUACUGCAGAAGUCAGCUGUUGGUACAAAUACUUGCUCUUCAGCUACAAUAUUGUCUUCUGGCUAGCUGGGGUGGCCUUCCUUGCGGCUGGUCUGUGGGCAUGGAGUGAAAAGGGUGUAUUGUCUGAUCUGACGAAGGUGACUGGUCUUCAUGGUCUGGACCCAGUGGUGCUUGUCUUAAUGGUGGGAAUAGUGAUGUUUACUUUGGGAUUUGCUGGUUGUGUGGGAGCACUGAGAGAAAACAUCUGCCUUCUGAAGUUCUUCUGUGGAGCAAUUGUCUUUAUAUUCCUGCUGGAGAUGGCAGUGGCAGUUCUGGCUUUCCUGUUCCAGGACUGGGUGAGGGACAGGGUGAAGGAAUUCUUUGAGAAUAACAUUAAAUCCUACCGAGAUGAUAUUGACCUCCAGAACCUCAUUGAUUCACUACAGAAAAUUAACCAUUGCUGUGGUGCCCAAGGUCCAGAUGACUGGGACUUUAACAUAUACUUUAACUGUAGCAGUGAAAGCAAAAGUCGUGAGAAGUGCGGAGUUCCUUUUUCCUGUUGUAUACCUGAUCCAGCCCAAAAAGUUGUGAAUACACAGUGUGGCUAUGACAUCAGAAAGAAGAGCAAGGGCCAAUGGGAAGAUCAGAUUUUUGUCAAAGGAUGUAUCGUUGCUCUUGAAGCUUGGUUACCCCGAAAUAUCUACAUUGUUGCAGGUGUCUUCAUAGCAAUCUCACUGCUCCAGAUUUUUGGGAUUUUCCUAGCAAGGACAUUGAUUUCUGAUAUUGAAGCUGUAAAGGCAGGUAAUGCCUUCUGAAUAUAAAAGCAGACUCGUGUUGCAUAAAAGUAUAUUUUAUAAUUGGUCGGACAUCAAGGUUGAAGAAAUGCACGAGACUGAGAUACUCCUGUUGUUAAAAGCCUGAUGUGGAUUUUAUCCUGCUCAUGCUUUCUGUUAAAGCUGGUACAAAAAAAAAAAAUCUCGGAACAAACACAUGCAACCCCCUCUACCUUUUUUCUAAUGCGACAACUUAGUGCACCAGCGUUGAUCUCCGAGGAAGAAAUGGAAUUUCUCAAGACAUUGGCAGAACAGAUUUUAAAGAUAUUAGCAAGGAGAUGUGAAACUGCUGUAACUUCUUUCCUUGAAGGAUUACUGUGAAGAUUGUUCUGUUUUCACUCCCAGCUGUCAAUCUCAAAAUGUAAUCCUUCAGAAGGCAUGCUGAUUUCUUCAGAAUCUUGAAAUCAGUUUAAUCUUUCCAGUAGACUCAAGCAGUCAUUUUUGGCAAGAUACCCAGCAAAGAUAAUCAUCAUGCUAUUGGAAAUUGGAGGAAGAAAGUUGUAAAUUGUCUAGUUCUUUAAUUGAUUUUCAGUAGUGCAGAAAUAGGGAUAUUUCUGUUUGGGAAUAAUGUAGGUAGGAGCAGGGACUUGUGCUCAGCAUCACAGCUGCAGUAACCCAUGCUGUUCUGAAAAUGCAAGCCUUUUCUCAAGAGGGGAAAAAUCUGACUAUCUGUAGCAUUGUUAGACAUCUUCAUUUCAGGCAAGGGGGUGUGAAUCCCUCAUGCUGUUUCCUGUCUGAAAAGAUUGUCCUUUGCCCUUAUGGGGGACUUGAACUUGCCAGAUUUCAACUGGGAAUACCGUGCAGCUGGGACAAACACGUCCAGAAGGUUCCUAAACCACCUGGAGGACAACUUCAUGGUACAGAUACUAAGGGAACCAACCAGGAAAGGUGCCUUCCUCAAUCUGUUGCUUACUAACAGAGGGCUUCAUGGGUGAAGUGGAGAUUGGUGGCUGCCUUGGCCACAGUGACCAUGAAGCAGUCAAGUUUAAAAUCUGUGGGGACAGGAGGAAAGCUGCCAGCAAGACCUCAACUCUGGACAUGAGGAGAGCAGACUUCAGGUUGCAGAGAGAACUGCUUAGUAAGGUCCCCUGGGAAAACUUCUGAAGGUGCUGGGUUCCAUCACUGGUGGUCACUUUUUAAGUAGUACCUCCUAAAAGCACAGGAGCAGGCAACCCCAAAGUGUAGGAAGUCAAGCAGGCAAGGCAAGAGGCCAGCUUGGCUGAGCAGGGGUAGUCUAGAAAUAAGGAGAAAGUAUAUGGCUAGUGGAAGCAAGGUCAGGUGACAUGGGAGGACUACAGAGAUGCUGUUUGCCACUGCAGGGAGGAAAUAUCUGUAGGCAAAGCUCAACUAGAGUUGAAGCUGGCCAGUACCAAGGGACAAUAAGAAGGGCUUAUAUAAAUAUGUUGAUGGCAAAAGGCAGGCCAGAAAUAACAUUGGCCUGUUGCUCGAUGAGAAUGGUCACCUCACAAACAGGGAUGUAGACAAGGCUGAGAGAGUAAUGCUUUCUUCCCUUGGUCUUCAGCACUGGUGGGCUCAGGAACCAUGACUGUGGGAAUAAUAAACUUUUAAUCAAUGCUGAACUUCUACAGGGCUUGUUGCUCCAGCUAGAUUCCUGUAAGUCGAUGGGGCCUGAUGGGAUUCAUCCAAGGGUACUUAAAGAGCUGGCUAAUGUCAUAGUGAGACCUCUCUCCAUGACUUUUUUUUCCAAUGCUCUUGGGAAUGUGGAGAGGCCCCAGUUGCCUGGAAACUGGAAAACGUUGUAGCAGUCUUGAAGAAGGUCAGUCCCGUCUUGAAAGGAUGACCCUGGUAACUACAGGCCUGUCAGUGUCACUUCUAUACCUGGUAAAAUUAUGCAGAAUAUUCUGGGAGUUAUUGGAAAAACAGCUGAAAGACAACAGUCAUUGGUCCCAGCCACCAUGGGUUCACAAGGGGGGAAAGUCCUGCCUAACAAACUUUGAUUUCCUUUGACAAGUUUGUGCACCUGGUUGACCAAGGGAAGCCAGUGGAUGAUAUCUUUUAGGAUUUCAGUAAAGCUUUCAAUGCUGUCACUCAGUGUCCUGCUAGACAAAAUGUCCACCAUACACCUGGAUAAACAUGUAAUGCAGUGGGUGAGCAAUAAAUUGGCUGAUGGAUUGGGCUCAGAAGGUUAUAGUAAAAGGGUUUACAUUGGGCUGGUGGCCAGUCACUAGUGGGGUUCUGCAGGGAUCCAUCUUGGGGCUGGUACUCUUUAAUUUCUUUGUAAAUGACUUGGAUACAGGACUGGAAGGAAUACUGCAGUUUAAUGACACAAAAUUGGGAGGAGCUGUUGAUACUCUGGAGGGCAGAGAGGCCCUGCAGAGAGCUGGGCAAUCACCAACCAUAUGAAGUUUAACAAGGGCAAGUGCUGGAUUUUUGUACCUGGGGCAUGGCAAUCCUGGAUGUACAUCCAGACUGGGGAAUGAGAGGCUGGAAAGCUGCUCUGCAGAGAGGGACCUGGGGGUUCUGGUCGAUAAUAUCAGGACUGAUGAAAAAUUUUGAAAUUCAGUGGUGAUCCCUACUCAAAUCUGUUUUUAAUGAGGAAAUGCACAUUUAGUGAAAGUUGUUGAAUUUUUAAAUCUUAUGUAAAGCUGUUGCAUCAGCAGUUCUGCUCAUAUUCUCAUGUGUCAUCCAAAUGCCAGUCACAAUAUGGUGAACCAGAAUAUCUUCACAGUAAUUUUCUGCUUCAAACUGAACUAUUCCUUCUUGUGGUUCAACCCCAGUCAGCAACUGAAUACCACGUAGCUGCUCACUCACUCCCCCACCCCUGUGGGCUGGGGAGGGAAUUGGAAGGGCCAAAGAAAGAAAACUUCUGUGUUCAAAUAAGAACAGUUUUAUAAUUAAAAUAAAACAGUAAUGGCAAUAAUAGUAAUAUAAUGAAAAAAAGAUGUGGAACCUGGGGAGGAGUGAAAAAAGCCUGGACAACAAGUGAUGCAACUGCUCACCACCCGCUCACUGACUCUGCUGGUCCCUGAGCUGCGAUUGCUGCUUCCUCUGGCCAACUCCCCCCAGUUAAUAUACUGGGCAUGAUGUCAUAUGUGCCAGCUACAGUGAGGAAAAUUAACUCUAUCCCAGCUAAAACCAUGACAGUAUCCACCCCUUAUUCCAUACCAUUUGUCAUGCUCAGCUCCCAUAAUAUCCAAUACAACCUCAAUAACCACAAGUCUCCCCUUCCCAUCCUUUGAUAAAAUACACAGAUCUCAUUUAUCAUCCCCUUAAUCUAUGGACCACCCCUGUAAAAUGGCUGUAGAGGGUCCACAAAAUGUCCAUUCAGUUCAUUUAGUCUGUGACUUUGGGCUCCAUCUAUUGUAUGAGUCUUUCAGGGCUGGAGAGAUGGUGUGUGUGGUGUUGGAUAGUUGCAUGCUGUAGUCAGUCCUUGUUCCAUCACUGCUGCACUUUGCUUGGUUCAAUGAAAGUUCUUUUUUUCAUUAAUUUGGGAGAUUCCCACUAUGAUACCAUUGAUAUGGCAUAUAGCAACCAUAGUAGUGAUGACAUACAACAUUAUAUAGCAAAUAACAGCAUACCAUUAAGUUCAUUGGCUGUUUUUACCCAAAAUCAAAUCCCCUCCCUAGCAGCCUGUGGUUGUUGAAGAAUGCCCCAUUGUCAUAAGAGCCAAAACCCUCACUUCAACACCAGCCACAUAACCAGGAGUUGAUUUGCAUUAUUUGCCCAGUUUUUGCCAACAGGUAAUAUGGAGGAGAGGAUAACUUGGGCACCAAUAUUUUUCACUUGCUUCCCCAGGGCUUUAUAGCCUUCCUUAGUUCUGCCCAGGUGUCACCUCCUCCUCUGGUGAUAUUCCAAAAUCUUUGCCUUCUGGCCAGUCCAUAAGCACUUCCAAGAUUCCUGGGAGACUGGGGUUUCCUACUCAAGCCCACUGGGUGAUCAUCCCAUUUACUCCACGUAGCAUCAGUUGCAUGGUGUGUAGGGGGACGUUUCCUUUGAACAUCCAGCCCAGCACUGGCAGUUGGGGUGCCAGGAGCAACUGUGCCUCAGUACCAACCACUUCUGAAGCAGCUCGGACCCCUUCGUAUGCUGCCAAUAUCUCUUUUUCAGUUGGGGUAUAGCGGGCUUCGGACCCUCUGUAUCCCCAACUCCAAAACCCUAGAGGUCAGCCUCAGGUCUCUCCCGGUGCUUUCUGCCAGAGGCUCCAGGUAGGGCCAUUCUCCCCAGCUGCGGUGGAAAGCAUGUUCUUUACAUCUUGUCCUGCCCAGACUGGCCCAAGGGCUACUGCAUGAACUAUCUCUUGUUUAAUCUGUUCAAAGGCUUGUCGUUGCUCAGGGCCCCAUUUGAAAUCAUUCUUCUUCCGAUCAGACUGUAAUUUGGUAAAUGCAUUCUCCAAAAACCCACAACACCCAAGAACGCUUGUGUUUCCUUUUUGCUAGUUGGUGGAGACAUGGCUGCUAUUCUGUUGAUCACAUCCAUUGGAAUCUGACGAUGUCCAUCUUGCCAUUUGAUUCCUAAGAACUGGAUCUCUUGCAUGGGUCCCUUCACCUUUGUUUUAUGGCAAAACCAGCCUUCAGAAGGAUUUGGACUAUUUUCUUCCAUUUCUCAAAAACAUUCUGCUGUGUUGCCCCACAUGAUGAUGUCAUCAAUGUAUUUUAGGUAUUCUGGAGCUUCUCCCUGUUCCAGUACAGUCUGAAUCAGUCCAUGGCAAAUGUUAGGACUGUGUUUCCACCCGUGGGGCAGUCGAUUCAGGGUGUACUGGACACCCCUCCAAGUGAAAGCAAACUGUGGCCUGCACUCUGCUGCCAGAGGGAUUGAGAAGAAUGCAUUAACCAUAUCAGUUGUGGCAUACCACUUGGUUGCCUUUGACUCCAGUUCGUAUUGAAGUUCUAGCAUGUCUGGCACGGCAGCACUCAGCGGUGGAGUGCCUUCGUUCAGGCUAUGAUAGUCUACUGUUAGCCUCCACUCUCCAUUAGACUUCUGUACUGGCCAUAUGGGACUGUUAAAGGGUGAGUGGAUCUUACUGAUGACUCCUCGGCUCUCCAGUCGACGAAUGAUCUCAUGGAUGGGAGUCAGGGAGUCUUGGUUGGUGCGAUAUUGCUGCCGGUGCACUGUUUUGGUGGUGAUUGGCACCUGUUGUUCUUUGACCUUCAGCAACCCCACAAUAAAAAGGUCCUCCGAGAGACUGGGGAAGGUAGGCAGCUGUUUAAUUCUUUCCGUCUCCAAGGCAGCUACACCAAAAGCCCACUUGGACCCUUUUGGGUCCUUGAAAUACCCUCUCCGGAGGUAGUCUAUGCCAAGGAUGCACAGAGCCUCUGGGCCAGUCACGAUGGGGUGCUUUUGCCACUCAUUCCCAGUUAGGCUCACUUCGGCCUCCAAUACAGUUAGCUCGUGGGAUCCCCCUGUCACUCCAGCAAUGCUGAUGGGUUCUGCCCCAUAUAGUUUGAUGGCAUUAAGGUGCACUGUGCGCCAGUGUCCACUAAGGAUUUAUACUCCUAAGGAUUUAUACUCCUGGAGGAGCAACUUUCCUGGAAGAACCCCCCAGAGUGAUUGUUUUCCCUUGCAGCUCACGUACCCAUGCGUUUAGGGACAAGGUAGGUUUUCCAUCCCACUUCUUCAUGUCCUCUCCGUGGUCACGCAGGUAAGACCAUAGAGUGGCCCAUGGUGUGUGUCCUUUCUCUUGAGCAGAGGGACGCUUACUCCUAAUGGCCAAGAUACUGGUCCAUACCGGUGGGGAGUAGGACCUAUCUUCUUUGAGUUGCUGGACCUCCCGGGCCAGUUUCUCCACAGCUGAGAUGAGGGAAGAAGAAAUAUUUGCUUUGUAAUCCCAGAGUUUAUCAAUCACCUCCGCCACUGUUGGUGCCUCGUCCCCUCUCCAGGACAUCACUGCCAAUGAGUUCCCAUGCGUCGAUGGUGCGCUCCAUACAAACUUCCGCCACAUGGGUUGUGUGUACUGGGCUUCAUUUGGAUCUUUGGAUGACUGUUGAUAGUCUAGGCCGCUAUAAACCACCUCAAGCACGGCUAGUUCCCUCGGGUACUGGAUACCUUUCUCCAUGGUCAUCCAUUUUCCUGGGCAAUAUAUAACAUCUUCCUUGAAGGGAGACCUUUCUCUCACUCUGGACAGGAGUUGCCUCCAGAGGCUGAGGGCUUAUGUUCCUUUUCCAGUUGCUUUGUCAAUGCCCCCUUCCCUGGAGAGGGACCCCAGUUGUUUCGCUUCCUUCCCCUCUAAUUCCAGACUGCUGGCCCCAUUAUCACAGCAUCGGAGCAGCCAGGUGACAAUGUGCUCACCUGAACAAUGGCCAAAAUCUUUUCCCAUAUCUUGCAGCUCACUCAAGGACAGGGAUCAGGUGCUCUCCGUCUCAUUUAUGAGUUCUUCCUCUUCCUCCUUUCCUCUUGAUGGCCCUGCUUUUUCAUAAUCUCUUUCUAAACAAGUUGAUUUCUUCUUGUGUAUAGGGGCGACUGAUCGUGGCACGGGUUGAUCCUCUGAUUCAGCUGCAAUGCUUUUCACCAGGGUUGGAGUAGCCGCAGCAUCUAUCGAGGGGGUUUGAGUGGCCACAGUGCUUGUCACUUUUCUUGUCUUUGUCUUUUUAGAUCCAGAGGCCUUCUCUUCCCCUUGGGGACAUGGAAUAAUGUUAAACAGGGCUUGGUAGGCACGGGCCGGGCCCCAGCACAUUGCAGUGAUUUGCAUCUCUCUGGAAUUGCCAGGGUGACAACAUCCUCCAAAUUCUGCACUUGUUCAGGGAUGAAGUCCCACAACACUGGGGGUGCCCACAGUCUUAGGCGUUUGCCCAUACUAUCCCACAUACCCUGCCACGCAUAGCUAUCGGGCCUUGGGGCAGAUCUCUGGAUGGUAUUCUUAAAUUGCUUAUUAACCUUAGACAAAACUGAAACAGUCUGCCAAAGAAAUACCAACAGAUGUAUCUGAGCUACCCAAGGAUGUUCAAGAUACUGAAAAGUUGUAAUGAAGGAGGAGGCACUACAGAAGACGGUAGCUAAGGUGUGACGAUCGCUCCAACACCAAAGUUGCCAUCUCUACAAGCUACUGCUGGUCCUCACUGGCCCUUGGCAGCCCUUUCACAGCUAAGGUGCCAUUCUGUGUUUCCUCCGUAGAAAACCUCUCAGAGGAGGAGGUAUAAUUGCUAAUUGUCUCCAUGAGGUGGUACCCGAAGUACAGUAAGGGCUUCCAUGCAAGUCCCAAAUAACUGAUAAAGCUCAAGACCAGUGUUUUAAUAACAGAUCUCCCAGGCAAAACAUCUCUAAUCACUGCAGAGCACAGCAAACUACAAAAACCAGCACCAGUCUUUAACAUGUAUUUCAAAAUCAGCAUGGUGUAGAUUGGAUAAACGAAUAUUAAGAACAGAUGAAUCAAUGCUGCGACCAGCAACUGUUAUUAUCUCAAACCCUUCGUGCCCCACACUGGGCGCCAAAAAGGACUGUUGUGGUUUAGCCCCAGUCGGCAACUCAACAUCACGGAGCCACUCGCUCGUUCCCCACACCCCUGUGGGAUGGGGAGAGAAUUGGAAGGGCCAAAGUAAGAAAACUCAUGGGUUGAGAUAAGAACAGUUUAAUAAUUAAAACAGUAAUAGCAAUAAUGAUAAUAGUAAUACAGUGAAAAAGAAAAUAACGAGAGAGAGAGAGAGAGUGAUGAAACCUUGCGAGGAGGGAAAAAACCCAGACAACAAGUGAUGCAACUGCUCACCACCUGCCAACCGAUGCCACUGGUCCCAGAACCGUGAUUGCUGCUUCUCCCGGCCGACUCCCCCCAGUUCAUAUACUGGGCAUGAUGUCAUAUGGUAUGGAAUAUCCCUUUGGGCACUUUGGAUCAGCUCUCUUGGCUGUGCCCCCUCCCCUCCUGGCUUCUUGUGCACCUGGCAGAGCAUGAGGGGCUGGAAAAGUCCCUGACUACUACAAGCACUACUCCGCAACAACUAAACCAUCAGCUUGUUCUCAGGCUAAGUGCAAAACACAGCCCUGUGCCAGCUACAGUGAAGAAAAUUAACUCUAUCCCAGCUAAAACCAUGACACUGCUGAAGUCAAUUUUUUAUUUUUAUCAGAAGAAAGCUAAACUGUCUUCUUCCUAUUGUCCCGUCUUGGGGGUUCAGUAGAUGGUUCUGUUAUUCAGUAAGAGUUCUAGUGGUCUCUAAAAGACUUUGGCAUAGUAAUUUUAGCUUUAAGGUAAAAGUAUGUGACUGAAAAGUUCUUGGAAGUAGCUGUAGCUGUCAGUUUUACUGUGGGCCAUAUAACCAACAGUUUAUUGCUUCCGGAGACACCAGUUUUUUCAGAGAGAGCUGAUAUAUCUACAGUGCCUAACAUCGUGUAAAUUUUAGAAAAGUAUAUAUUUUUAUAAUGAUGAUUUACUACAUGUACAAGGAUUUAAUACUUGUAUUUCUGAAGUAUGCCUUUCGUAGGAAGCCAGACUUUUAAAUAUCUCUCUAAUGUCGUUUUUUAUACUAUGCAUGUAUUAACAAACAAUUCACUUGCAAAAUCUGAUCAAUAGUAAGAAUCUUUGUCUGUAAUGAUUGUUCAGACACCCUUCUAGUUUUUAAUCUGUGAAGCACUUCAGACAGUGCUGUACUUCUCAUGUGUACUUUGGUUCAGCUUUCAUAGUUCUCUUUCUGGCCAGUGAUUGAGACACAACAGGAAAAGGAAGCUUGUCUAAGGGGUGACUGAUUUCCUUACAGUAGCAGAGAACAGUUUGCUAUUACUCAUCUGAAAAACCUGAAAGUAAAAUCGCUCGAAGUGCACUGUGAUAUUAUUUUUUUUCAGAUGUGAUAUAUAACAAGGGAACAAUAGCAGUAGAUCACUGAGGAGAGAGCAAGAGACAUUUUUCUGUUCCUUCUGUAGAGCCUUGAAUUUGAGAUCUGUAUUACUUAUUUGUUGAAUCCAUCAGGAACAGGCAAAAAUUUGUUGCUGUCACUGCUACUUUGCAAGCAGCAAAGUAGUGCCCUGCAACCUUAGCUUUAAACUCUGGUGCUUGAAACUCUACACCACCUCAUGAAACAACUUCUUCUGUUAAGGUUAUGUGUAACAAUCUGAUGUAUGUAAAAGUGGAGAAGGAUGCUUUCUAUUUGUAACUUUUUAUUUGUAAAACAUUGCAUUGAAAAUUGCAUCUAGGCAGGACGUUUCUCUUUGACACUUUUUGAUACAGAAAGCUCCUAGUGCUGGGAAAUAACUUCAGCAGUUGGUGAAAAUCGUCAUGGUGUCAAAGAUGUCUGCGGAGUUCAUGCACUGAAAUUAGCUGCCAAGAAGAGCCAGUGUCAUGGAUCAGGAUUCCAGUGCCUGCAGAUCUUGCCAAGUUGCCUGAAGUCAUGAAUACUUGGUUUCUUUUUGCAGUACUGUUUGUAGGCAAAACAGAGUUUAAUUCAACUGUUGUCUUUCUACAGUUUCUUAUUGGCUUUGGUCAUAUUAACAUCAGCUUUGUAUCAGUGCUCCAUUUAUUCGGAACUGAAUUCAAGAGAUCAGCCUCUUGGAGGAUCUUUAAUUUUGGAGUGGUUUGUGUUCAUUGUGGAUAAACUUCUCUGUGCUUACUCAGUAUCACUGUUAAAACCUUGGGCUCUAGGCUGGUUUACCCCUAGAUGUUUUGAAGUGCACCCCCAUUGGUGAUACACCGGACUAGUGUAAUUUCAGAUUUGGAAUGGGAAAACUUUCUUACCAUUUUCUACUUAUGUUUAGCACUUUCUCUGUGGACCUGCAGUGACUUCACGGCUAAAGAUUUGGCUUAUGUUUUAAAAAAGCAAUGGUUGCGUUUGGAACAACUCUACAAACACUACAAUGGAAACAAGGUUUUGAAUGAAGAUCUCAGGUAUGAGAUCAGACUUGAAUAAUUAGACUGAGAGAAGGAAACUUUCAGUGUCAUCACUUUUAUCUCUUAGAAUAGAGAUGCUCAGAAUUGUGCUCAGAAAUGAGCACAAUUUCUGUGAAGUAAUGUAUUUAUUUGUAUGUUUCAUGGUGCAACUGCCCUUUUGUUGAUAUCAACAUGCCUGCGUUUGGACAGUCUCUUUGUACCUGAAGAGGAGGAUGAAUACAAGCAUUGGAAAAAAGAGCAGCAACCAAAGAAGCUUUGGUCACCCCCUGAAAACCUGAAUACUUCUUCUCAAGGAGUCUUUAGUUUUGGUGACCCUCCUACAGUGCCACGUGGACAGACAUGUGCCUCCAGUCCAUUGAGGCUGGUGUGGCAGUUGUCUCCUAUGUAGAAUUGCUCUGGUUUUGUCUCCCGCUUCCAUCCUUUCCUCUUCCUUCCCCCUGCUGCCUGUGGGUUAUCAUGCAACUUGAACGUUGUUUAGCCAAUAGCCUAUUCUGACUCUUACUAUGGUUUUUUUUCCUGAAGCCUUAAAUUUCAUUAAAUAAAAUUUAAUGUUUUGUA